AGUCAAAAUGUGGAAGUUGCUUUCAAAAUUCUCUCCAAAGAAAGUUAGAUAUCUUCUAAACCUUGAAAUUGUUGUUUACAGAAACCUAAAAGUUUGAAGAUAAACAUGUAUAGGAUCAAUGCAUUAUAUUGGAUUUAAAAUCUCAAUGGUAUUUACGUAAGAGAUAAGAUCAUUACAAUGUACAACCAAAGUCCAAGGGGAUCAAAAACAGAAAUGAGUUCCAAGCCUCCAAGUGGCUCUGGUGCUGCAAUCACUGUUAUGCGCUCUGGAGCAAACCAGUCAUCACCACGUUCUGUUACUUCACAGUCUAAUAUAACUCUGUCUCCAGGAAGUAGACACAGAAGGAAAGGUUCGACUGGAAGUCAGGGAAGCGCAGGUCGAAGUAGUCCUUUGACGUUACAAAUGGAAAAUGUGCAAUCAGCCAAUGCUGGGUAUAACUGUGGCCAGUCUUAUAUGGGUGACAGCUAUGGAAGCCUGGGUUCUACUCAAGGAAAAAGCCCCUAUCAGAGCCCUGGACACAGUCGUUCCAGUAGCAUGACAAGUAUGAGAGGAAUUAAUGUCAAUUUAAGAGAUCGCUCAUUAGAUCGUGAUGGAAGCCUUCCUCGCGAUCGGUCUUUGGAGCGACCACAUGAACGUCACAGACUUAUGGAUAGAACCGUUCAUACACUCGGCCGUGAUCGGUCAGUUGAAAGAGAUUACCCUCAUAUGGGAUCUAAAGCCUUGGAAAGGGAACACUCCUACCCUUCCCUGGGGAUUCGUUCUCCAACUUCAUCUGCAGAACUUGACUACUCUUCUACCACUAGCCUUUGUCAAGAUUCUAGACAAUUCAGAGACUCGUAUGUGUUAGAUCUCCAGGCCCAACUCACGGAGCUAUCCAAGGAGGUUACUAUGCAAAAACAGGAGCAUGAAUCUACCAAGGAAAAACUAAGCUCUAGUAUGAACAGCAUUAAGACCUUCUGGAGCCCUGAAUUGAAAAAGGAAAGGUCCCUGAGGAAAGAAGAAAGUGCCAAAUAUAAUCAAUUACACGAACAACUGAAGUUAGCUCAGGCUGAAAGUCAGAAGCAUACAAUGACCAUCCAAUCUUUAGAAUCAGAAAUGAAGCAACUUCAGGACUGUAAAAAAUCUACAAGCCAUCAUCAUUUAAAUGGCGGAGUUUCGCAAACUGAUGUUGAUACUUUAAAACGUGAUAAAGACAAACAAAAAAAGGAUUUAUUAAUUCUUCGUAAAACUGUCGGUGAGUUAGAACUACGAAUUGAGACACAAAAACAAACUUUAGGAGCUCGUGAAGAGAGUAUUAAGAAAUUAUUAGAAAUGCUACAGAGUAAAGGAUUAGCAACAAAGCAACUGGAGGCUGACAGACACGAGAUGGAGCGACUGUCUGAGCGACUUGUAGAGGAGGAAAGAAUGACGAGACAACUUGAGAACUCCCUUGAAGGCAGGGAUCAAGAACUGUCAAAACUAAGAGAGAAUCUGCAACAAGUCCAAGAAGAGGCGAGAGAUGCUCAAAGCAAGUAUGAACAGCUUAAACGUGAAGCUCCAAAUAAAGAUGCCCUCCAGUCCAUUAUAGAUACAAAGGAUGCAAAAGUAGUCCAACUAGAAAAAGAGGUUAAAUAUCUCGAGGAUGAAGUACUGCGUGUGCGUGAAGACCUAACUCUAAGUGAUAAAGAGAAACACGCUGGAAUGGUUAGUGAAGAGGCCAUGAAAAGUCAGGAGCGCCUUUUGAAAUCCAAGAUUGAUGACCUCCAGAUACAAGUAUCUCAGAAAGAUAAUAAACUGUGUGCCUUAAAGACAGAGCUUGAGACUGCGGAGAGACAGAAGACGGAUCACGAACAAUACAUAAACGUCCUUAAAGAACAACUGACAGCCAAAGAGGAGAGAGCUUCAGUGCACCAAUCAGAUCUGGAAGAUCUGAGACAACGACUCAAAGAGAAAGAUGCAGCGAUUGAAAAGAAAGGAAAACAAGUCCAGACAAUACAAGCUGAGAAACGUAAGGUUGAAGGUGAACUGUCUGAGAUACGAGACCACUUAGAUAUCAAGGAGCGAAAGAUAAAUGUUCUUCAACGAAAGAAUGAAAAUCUGGAAGAUAUGUUUAAAGAUAAGGACGUUGAGUUAGAACAGAUGAAGACGCGUCUCCAGACAAUCAACGUUGAACAGUCAUCCAAUGACAGCACAGUUGCAUCUCUUACUGACACAAUCUCAGAACGAGACCGGCAGAUAGAGAGAUUAAAAGAACAGAGAGAGAGGCGAGAUGGAGAGCACCAAGAGGAACUGGAACACCUUAUUGCUAUACAGAAAGAUCUGAAAUCAAGAAUGGAGGCUGUUGAAAAUACAACCACUGAAAAACAGAAUGAGAUCUUUGAGUUAAGGGACGAGGUGUCUGAAUUACGAAGCGACAAGAUUGCUAAAGAUUCUAAACUUAAUGAGCUUCAAUUAGUGCUGGACCAGAAGACAACAGAGUUAAAUCAGCUCACUCAAAAACUGGAAGAGGAAAAAGAACAGAAUGUUGGUGAGAUCAAGAAAUCAGCAGAUGAAAAUGAAAAGAAGCUGAAAGACUUGGAGAAGCAAGUGGCGCACUAUACGGAGCAAAUGAACAUGUCGCAGGGAGAGCUCGACAGAUUACUGGACAACUUAAAGGAGCUUGAGAAUGAGAAACAAGCAAAGGACACCCAGAUUAAAGAGCUCCAGGAUGAGUUGAAGGAAGCUAAGAAGGAGUCUGGUACAUUAAAGAGGAGACAGCAAACUGAAAAGAAGAAGAAUGCUCAGCUGCUUGAGGCUGCGAGGAAACAACAUGACGGCAUGACAGAGGACACAACUCAGUUAAAGACCAGUCUAAAAGAAAAGUCAGAGCGCAUAGAAGAACUGUCGGAAGCCCUGCGAGAGAGCGUCACGAUCACGGCUGAGCGAGAGAUGGUUAUGGCUGAGCAGCAGGUUAAAAUCGAAACAUUGGACAAACAGAUGGGAGACCUAUGUGAAGAUAUUGAAAAGAUGAAGAUGGUGAAUACAGACCAGAAGACAAAAGUCCAAAAGCUGCAGAAGAAGCUAGAAGAGAGGGAAAAGAUGCUGAAGAAGCUACAGGCAGAACGCAAGAAACAGCUAGAGGAGGUCUAUGAGAUGAAACAAGAAGCUAUAUUAGCUGCCAUAAGUGAGAAAGAUGCUAACAUUGCUCUACUAGAAACAAUGAAGGUCAACAAAUCCCAGCAUCACACAGACCAGGUAGACAAGCUCAACAUGGAGAAAGAUAGGCUGCAAGCACAGCUCAAGGAACUGACUCAAAAUAGAAUGAAACUGCUGCAAACAGAGAACAAUAAGUCAGAACCCAGAGAACGUUCUCUUGCUAACUCACUCAGGAAUGCCUCACCAGAGCAGAGUCUAGCAAAAGCUGCACCGAAUCUGAAUUAAAUAAUACACGCUAUUAGAAGAGUUGAACACAGCAAGAAACGCCUACGUGCUCUGAUUGAUCAACUUGUCGCGACGUGUCUAGAGGUUGGUCCCCAUCUUAUUGAGGGAUUACCCAGGAUGCAACUCAAUACAGGAAUAAACGUUGAUGUUCUCAAAAACCUUAGUAAAGACUUGCUCCUGGGUGACCUUCAACAGAGAGAGAUUGACCACAAAUGCUUAGAGGACUAUGCCAAUAUACUGCUCCAGAGGAUACGUGAUGAGCAGCCUGAAGUUUUAAGUACAGUUCUUAUGCUAUUAGACUCAGAGCCCCCUACUACUAGUUGCAGUAGCAGUGGCAGCAGCUAGCAUAUAAUAUUGAUUAUUAUCAUAUGUCACCUGGAAAUAUUGAUGCAUGAUUGGUCAACAGCAAGCCUAUAAUAUUUAUUAUCAUAUCUCUUAUGGAAAUACUGAUGCCUGAUUGGUCAGGUGAGCCUCCCUUAUAGUUGCAGUAGCAGUGGGAGCACCUAGCAUAUAAUUUAUACUAUCAUAUC